UUCAAACAUGGCUGCCGUUUUGAAUUGUCUCUUUAAAUCCUUUCAGUGGAUCCCUGUGCUGUUCAUCAACGCAGUUAUUGUCUGGUCUUACUAUGCUUACGUCUUGGUUCUUUGCUUUGAGAGUGUGCAGUCUCCAUUCGAAAGAGCUGUAUAUUUGAUCUUUUAUCACCCUUUCUUCUUCAUGUUGAUGAUUUCGUAUUGGAGAACGAUAUGUGCCUCUUCUGGUCUUGUUCCUUCACAGUUUUUCUUGUCAAGAGCAGACAGGGAAGCAUUAGAUAAUGGAGAUCCAAAAGAAGUUCUAGAAAAAAUAUCAAGAAAACUUCCAGUUUUUACGCAGACUGUAUCAGGAGCUGCUAGGUAUUGUGAUAUUUGUCAAGCUAUCAAACCAGACAGAUGUCACCACUGCUCCAUGUGUAGAAAAUGUAUUUUGAAAAUGGAUCAUCAUUGUCCGUGGGUGAAUAACUGUGUUGGAUUCACUAACUACAAGUUCUUUCUCCUAUUCCUGUUUUAUGCGAUCCUUUACACACUCUAUGUCACAGCAACAGUUACAAAAUAUUUCAUUGCGUUUUGGAAUAACUCUUUGGAAGGUGAUGGAAAAUUGCACGUUUUGUUCUUGUUUUUCGUUGCCCUUAUGUUUUGUAUAAGUCUUUGGUCACUAUUUGGUUACCAUUUAUAUCUUACUGGUAACAACAAGACAACACUUGAGUCAUUCAGAGUUCCCCAUUUCUCCUAUGGCCCAAACAAGGAUGGUUUUAGUUUGGGAACUGCAAUAAAGAAUGCAGAACAAGUUCUGGGACUCAACAAGUGGUAUUGGUUUUUACCUAUUUUCACGAGUAUUGGUGAUGGAGUUCACUUCCCAUCAAUAAACCAACCAGAGCAAGACUCGCUUUUAAAUGAUCAGCAAAGAUGGAUGGAAGAAGGGGAGUUGGAUCCACAGGACACCCACUCCAGUGAUGACAAACAAGAUUCGAUAACUGUGGCCAUUGAUAUUACAUCAGAAGAGCUGGUGCAUGAGAAUGAAGUGGAAACUCAGAUGCCAUAUGCUCCCAGAGCCAAACCGGACGUCCUGGCAGUGCAGGAAGAUGACAUUCAAGAUGGGACGGCAUUGUAAUAUCCACAAGUGUCCCUGCUGGAACUGCUUGUAUUGCUUGAAUGCUGAGUUGGUAUUUCAUCUCCACGAUGGUCAUUGUAAAAGUAACGCUGGCUUAUAAACUUUUUCGUUGUCUUAUUAACUCUUCAUGUCAUUUUGCUGGAAUGAAGCAAAAACCAUUCAGACUAUGACAAACAAAUGAUGGACGCACGCUGACGCAAGAACCAGCGGAUUAAUUAGGUUUUGUGAUCAUUUUAGGUAAGAGUCUGGUGACGGGUUUUUUAUAUUUACAUACGACUAUAAGGGCACCUGUGUUUUACUUUCGCGCCAAAUAAGGAGAAUUCUGUACAGUUUUUUUUAUAGAAGCUCAGAGGUUGGAAUGUGUAAACUUAACAUUUAGUUUAUUUAUCACAUAGUCCUUGAAAGUCAGAAUACAUCUUGAACUGGUUUGCUAGUUAGAUGAUUAAAUUAAGUUUUCGAGACUAGGUAAUUGUUUCUUAAAUAUAAUUUUGUAUCUGCAUU